UCUAUGGCCGCUAUUGAUUGGUCGACGGGGAAAUGUAAAAAAUGGCUGCCUUGCCUUCUCCUACUCAGGUAGAAUUUACGAAAAUUAAAUUAUCAGUGUAGUGUUGACUAUAUGAAAUAAAGUUUCAUAUCCAAGUUAAUAGACAUAUCUGCCAGUUUGCGAAGUUUCAAUGGUGGCAGGGACCCACAGCUCUAUAUACGAAGCGUACUAUCACCAAGUUGACCCAAAUGGAUCAGGUGCGAUACAGGCCCUGGACGCUGCGAGGUUUCUCAAAAAGUCUCGGCUCAGUGAUGUGGUCCUCAGCAAAAUAUGGGACCUCUCUGACCCCACAGGGAAGGGAUACCUUGACAAAUCCGGGUUGUUCGUGGCGCUGAAGUUGGUGGCGCUGGCGCAGGCGGGCAAAGACAUCAACAUGAGCAACAUACACGCCGAGGCGCCCCCGCCCAAAGUGGGUGAGCUGCCCAAAGUCCCACCGGCCGUAGCCACCAACCUCGCUCCUCUAUCAGACUGGAGCGUGCGGCCCGCGGAAAGGGAGAAGUACAGCCAGCUGUUCGAUUCCCUGCAGCCAGCCAACGGCCUGCUGCCCGGCGCCAGGGUCAAGGGAGUCCUCAUGGAAUCCAAGCUGCCCCUGGACACGCUCGGAAAGAUCUGGGAUCUGGCCGACCAGGAUAAAGACGGGAUGCUGGAUAGACAUGAGUUCAUUGUGGCGAUGCACCUCGUAUACAAGGCUUUAGAGAAGCACGCGGUGCCGACGACGCUGCCGCCGGAGCUGCGCGCCAAGCCCGCGCGGCCCCCAUCGCGGCCCCCGUCUCGGCCCCCAUCGCGGCCCCCGUCGCGGCCCCCAUCGCGGCCCCCGUCGCCGCAGCCCCGCGCGCCGCCCCCGCGCCCCGGCCCGCCGCCCGCGCAGCCCCAGUCCAACGCUUCGUUGCUCGAAGGGCUGCUGGAUCUGUCUAGUCCCCCCGGCCCCCCCGCGCCGGUGGCGGCGCCGGCCGCGGCCGCCAGCGGGUGGAUCACGCCGGCGGACCGCGCGCGCUACGCCGAACAGUUCCGCGCCGCAGACGCCGACAGAGACGGCCUUGUGUCCGGCGCUGAGGUGCGCGGCCUCCUGCUGGCGACCGGUCUACCUCAGAGCACGCUGGCCCAGAUCUGGGCGCUGUGCGACAGCAGCGGCGCGGGCAAGCUCACCCGCGACCAGUUUGCCGCGUGCAUGUGCCUCGUGCAGCGCGCGCUCCGCGGCCUCCCCCCGCCCGCCGCGCUGCCCCCCGAUCUGCUCAACCCCGCCCCCGCACCCCCCGCUGUGCCCGCGCUCCCCGUGCAGCCCCUCCAGCCGCCGCCUAAGGCGGCGUCGCCGGUGUCGCUGGGCCCGCAGCCGACGCCGGAGCUGGAGGCGGUGGCGCGCGAGGUGGAGGCGCUGGCUCGCGAGCGGCUCGCGCUCGAGGCCGAGCUCGCCGACAAGCAGCGUGACGUCACCGUCAAGACGGGAGAGGCCAAUAGCCUACAGAACGAGCUGGACACGCUGACAGCUACGCUCAAGCAGCUGGAGAACCAGAAGGGCGAGGCGGGGAAGCGGCUGGGCGACCUCAAGGCGCAGGUUGACAAGCUGCGCUCGCAGGCCGCCGCGCAGGAGGCCGCCGCCGCAGAGACCGAGGCCGAGGUAGCGGCGCGUCGCGCGGCGGCGUCGACGCUGAAGGAGCGGGAGCGCGCGCUGACGGAGGAGGCGGACGCCGCCGCCGCCGAGGCCGACGCGCUCACCGACCAGCUCAGCAAGACCGUGCUCGCCGUCAGUCAGGCAAAGAUCAAGAUCAGCCACCUGGAGGAGCACCUGGGUGCGGUGGAGGCGGCGGCGGCGGCGCUGGCGGCGGGCGGCGCGGCGGCGGCGGCGGCGUCGCUCACGCUGCAGCCGCUGCACACGCCGCAGCACCUGCAGCGCCUGGUGCGCGGCGAGACGCCCGACAACCUGGACGAGGACGACGAGUUCGGCAAGAAGGAGUUCGGCGCGAUGAACGGCUCGGCCGGCUUCCACUCCGACCCCUUCAAGGACUCCGCCUUCAACCACUCGGCUGACCCCUUCGCGCCCAACGGCACAGCGAACGCUAAUAAUAAGAUGUCAGACGGUUUCGGCAGCGACCCGUUCGCGCCGAGCGGCGACCCGUUCGCCGGCGACGCGUUCGCGCCCAACAGCGCCGCCAACCCCGAGCCCGACCCGGCGUGGGAGUCGGACCCGUUCGCGGUGCUACACGCACCGACGCGCGCGUCCGCCGCCGCCGCCUCCGCUGCCGCGCCCGCAGCGGGCGGCAAGCGGCACAAGACCCCGCCCCCGCGCCCCGCGCCUCCCCGCCCCAUGCCGCCGCACAAGACCGCGCCCGCGCUGGACUUCACCGAGGACCCCUUCAAGGACUACCGGUACGAGGACCCCUUCAACAUCGAGGACCCGUUCGGUGACGCCCCCGCGCCCCGCGCAGCACCCGCGCUCCGCACCGCCCGGCCCACCUCCGUCGCCGGCUUCGACGCCGACGACUUUUUCGCCGCUGCCGACCGCCCCCGCGCCAGCGGCCGCGUGUCCGCCCCGCCCCGCGCCGCCCCCGCUCCCACGCCCGCCGCAGACACGACGGACUCGUGGGCGGCCUGGCCGAACGACAACUGGGCCGCCGACGACGCCUGGGCAAAGCCGACGCCCGCGCCCGCCGCCGACGCCUGGGGCGGCUCCGGGAAGGCCGAUGCGUGGGGCGCCGCCGAGUUCGACGCCUGGCCCGACUCCGCCGACCGCAAGACCGACAACUGGGCAACCAAGACGGACGGCAGGAACGGCCGGACGGAUCGGAAGGUCGACAACACCGACAACAGCUGGGCGAACAAGAGCGACGGCCGCGCCGCCAAAACGGACAACUGGGCGGCGGACUGGGCCGACGUCAACCGCAACCUCAACGAGACGUGGCCGGCGAGCACGCUGCCCGCCAAGAAGGAGAAGUCGCCCAAGCCCGUCAAGUACGCCAAGUCCCUCGUGCACACCAUCGGCGGCAUCGGCCGGCGCAAGAAGGCGGAGCGGGCGGCGGCGGGAGCGGCGGGCGCGACGGGGGCGGGCGGCGCGGCGGACCUGCCCUCGGAGGAGGCGCAGUGGGCGUGGGCGGCGGCGGAGUCGGAGCGGCUGGCGCGGGAGGCGCGCGCGCGCCGUCAGCAGGAGGACGCCGAGCUGCAGCUGGCGCUGGCGCUGUCCCGCCAGGAGCGCUGACCCCGCCCCCUGCGCGUGCGCACACUGCUUUUCCGUUGAUAUUAUAUUGGCAUUUCUUCGUUUCCUAGUCAUCUCGGCCGCCGUCGCGCGCGGCGCCGAUGUAUGUAGGCUGGCCUAAUGAUGUUGAGUCGUGUACAGUAGCGGCGGCGCCGCGGCCCGAGCGGUGUGCCGCGCCUCUUGUAUAAAUAUUUAUUAAUAUAUUACGAAAUCGAGUAGAAUAAACUGGACGAGUGAGGGCAUCCCCGGCCGUCGGUGCGUUUCGUUUCGAUCGAAUCCUAAUUUUACUCUAGAUGUAUAUAUAAGUGUAUCUGAAAUGCGUUUGGUUUUGUGGACAUUCGGUUGAUAUAUCGAUUCGUAGAUCGAGUCGCGUACGGUCGCGAGAGUGAGUUUAUGAAGUAGGACCUAGUAAAAUUGUAAGGACAUAUCAUUCAUAUUGAAGAUAUUAUAUAGUUUAACGUUGUUGAUUCAUUUUAUAGGUUACCGUUUAGCGGCGUGGCGCGGGCGAUGCCCUCGUCGAUGUAUAUCGGUUUAGUUGUACGUUUAUGUUGUAUAUAAUGAUUAUUAUUAUCGAUGUUAUUCCAUUGUAUACCCUGUGGUUAGUUCGCAACGGCCCUCGCUCCGGGGGACGGGGCGGUGACGCUGUGCUGUCAAAUUAGCUACGUUUGAAGUACUUUAGCACCUCAAGCUUGUUUAUAAAAGCAAACAGUGAAGUUGAAACCCAGUGUCGCAGCAAACGAUUGACGGUACAGCGGCGUCGCGCAUUAUCGUGUAAUGAUUGUUAUUGUUUGAAUUGUUUAUGUCGUGAGUCGUGACAUAUCCCGUCCGCCAUUUUGUCGACUCGACGAGAUGGCGGCGCUCACGCGUGCUCGUAUUCACAUGCUGCUCAUGCCGAUAUGUUCAUAUUAUAUUGUUUUAGAACGAUGUAGCGUGUAUAAAAUAAAAAAUAGAAACGAUUCUGUCUAUGGUGUUGUCAUCGACGAUGCGAGCGUCUAUUUUUUAAUUUAUGGUUUACUCGCAGCAGUAAUGCCAAAAAUAUAAAGAAAUAUAUUGUUUACCACCGAAUCUACGCAACUGUUUCCAAAUGUUGUCCAAAUAUUUAUCCCUGUAUGCCGGUCUAUCACAACUACUCGUAGACAAAAGUCGCUAUAACUCGCGCCAAACUAAGAUUUGCAGCCAUUUUUUUUAUCAAAAGAGUUAUGUCACGUCUCGACAUGAUAUGUCUGGUCUUGUCUACUGCAGUGAUUGUGCUAGAGGGCUUGUCGAUAUCAGAUUAUGCUGUUGGGUGUUCGAUGUUUAUCUAAGUAUAUUAUGUGUACUAUACUUGUGUCUCGGUGCCUUUAUCUUGCUCGUGUUUCGGUCGAGAGUUUCCGUUUCCUGUUAAAUUUCAGUCGGCGCCAUCUCGUAGACGUGAAGCUACAUAUCUAACGAGUUCAAAUAACCUUAUCAAAAUUACACUAAAAUGUUAAAACAAAUUAAAAUACGUUGAAUUUCUAGAAAUUAUACCGAAGAUACCACUAGAUGGCGUUGCUAUAAUUCUCAAAUCGAUUGGCGUGUAGUUCGAAAUUCGUUCGGCUUUUCACCCCCUAUAUCACAUAGUAUAAGAGGAUGUAACCUGUCGAUAUAGCUAUAUAACACGUUCACUAUUUUGGAUGUCGUGUCUUUCGUACCAAACGGGUAGUGUUAGGUCGGUAUGUUUAGGUGUAGGUGUAGUGGCAACACUCGCUUCGUGCGCACUCGCCGCGAGCCGCCCCCGGUACAAUAACUACUAUAGUCCGCGCCCCCGCGGGAAGCUCUAGGUAAGGUGUAAAUUAAAGUGUAACUAUUACCGACGCGUUUAUUGGGUAUUAUCCUAAAGUUGUUAUCUCUUUCUUAGGAGCUGUUGUUCGCAGCGUCGGCCCGCGCGGACCCUAGUGUUCUCGGCUUGCUGAUAUUUUGUAUAUCUUGUAAAAAUCUACGGAAUAUAUUCGAUUGCCGCUUACCGCUUUCUUCUGCCGCUCGAAGUAUUCGCUGUUCCCUCGCGACGCGGCGUAUAGGCGACGUCCGCGCGGGCCGACGCGCCCCCUGUCUGUUAACAAACGUUGUAAUUCAUUUAUAGUGGAUACAUAGUUCUCGACCUUCAACUGUAUAUGUGUACUUAAAGCUACUGAUAAAUUUGAUAUGAAUAAUGUUACGGUCGGGCCCGCGCGUCACACCGCGGCUUCCCCGCCCCCGGCCGCCCGCGCGCGCUCGAGCGGCCGCCGGCGCGGCGCGGUGUGAACGCGGCCCCGCAGUCGGUAGUGACGGUGCGCGGGGCUCGAACGAGGUCGGAGGACGACCGUCCCGCUCCCUCGCCAGCGGCCGGAGCGGGACGGCUGACGUGUCGACCGACCGCCGAUCAGUAUUAUUUACCGCGCGCCUAGAUUUAAAUAUUUAAUCGUUAAAAUUGUAAAGUAAUAAAUUAUUUUAUCUGUCCGAUGUUUACUUUGAGCUCACAUAUUUUCGCUUCGUCCGAGUAGCCGAAUGUAACUGAGAACAAAAUGGUGGCCGUCCGCCAUUUCGUGUCGUAUCCGUUGUAAAUUGUUUUCUUUGUAUUCGAGCGUGUAAAUGGGAUGUCAUUAAAUAUAAAUCGUUAUGUACUGCAAUUUUAAAGACUCCUCGUUGUUUAUUUGAUAGUUUACGUAUUUAUUUAUGAUAUUGUGUGCAACGAAACGGUAUUCUUCGUUUUCCAUGUGCUUCGUCAUCCGUGCCGCGAGCGGUCUCCGGCCGACUUGAUGUAUAUCAGUGCGACUCCUAGCAUCACGAGGCGCGCUAUGAAAACGUACAUAAUAUUGUAGAGUGCUAUCUUCCAAAUCAGCCGUUACAGAUAUCAAAAACAUUACGUAGGUAGUUAAUUAGACUGGAUCAAAGUAACCAGGCAGAAUAUUCCUCAUUUUCAGAUUCAAAUAUAUUUUAUAUUGUUUCUGUUAGUACAUAUCGUUCAUCAUAACACUCAUUUAAUUCUGUUGAAGUUUUCUAUAAAGUUUUACAGUCUUAUUUAUGGACGGUGUUGAAUUUCCGUGCGAAGUAUGUAUUUAAUAUUGAGUAAUUUUAAAAUCAAAUUGCUAACUGAUAUUACAGAGAUAUUCGGAAUAUUCUUGGCUAUCUUUUUCCAUGUUGAUAGGUACAAAAAUAUUUAUCGGUAGUUCUGUUGAGAUGUUACGACGUAGCACUAGCGUCCCGAGCGCGUCCACGACGCAAAGCGUGCGUGCGUACGUGUUUGCGUCCGUGUGUACGUACUUGCAUGCGUGCGUGUGUACGUAUAAUUGCGUGCGUGCGUGUAAAGCGCGGACGCGCCUCUCACUUCGCUCACCCUAAAAACUGUCGAGUAGCUUUUAUAUAAGUACGGACUGGAGGGACCUUUAAUAACAAUUUUGUAUAUUUGUUACUUCGCUUGUACCCUUGGAUUCGAUGGCCACUGUGAGAUUAUUUCAUCGAAAAAUUCCAUUUUCAUGUGAUAAAACUUGGCAAGCAACUCGUGGCUUUUAAUCCGAUUGCUUUUUGGCUUAUUUUUAAUUUUUGUAUUUGAAAGUUUCUUCAGUCGGUAACGGGGUAAACUUAUUAAUAGAGUUUGGGAGAUAUUCCGCGUAUUAGUCGUUAGGUAAAGACCAAAAAUUAAGGUAGCGUGGUGACUAAAAUCAUUAGUUCAAUUUAUUAACUCCGCACUCUUUGGCUAGAAAAAUCUAAAUCGUUGUCUUAUGACUUCUACCUCCUUACUGAUAAAAAAUAUACAGUAUGAACACGUUAUAGUUACACAAUGUCCUGGCCUGUCGAUCGUUUUUUCUGACGUCAGACAAGGACAAGACAUUUUACAACUAUAAAGUUUGUGUGUGGAUUUUUUUAGUAAGGGGGUUUUGCUCCUCUGUUUUAAAGAGGAUUUAACGUUAAGUGUUGACCUUCAAUCUCACACUGGCCACUUCGCUAUCGUGAGCGGAAUUUUGUGCACUAGUGGAUGUUGGUAGCGAGUGUAGGUGGAGUGGUUGCGGCGCUACUAAAAUGAAUUAAGCUGGCACCAGCGGUCAUUGACCUUGCUAGUCUAGGAGUGAUGUGAAAAGAAUAACUUCAAAAUAUUAUAAAGAUACAGACUAUUAUAGAUUCAUCGGAAAACUCUUGGUUACUCUUAAAAUGAUAAUAAUCUCUAACUUUUUAUGUAUUCAAGGCGAUUUACUGCUAGUUGCAAACCGAGUAGGUAUGCAAAACAGGAUAUCCACAGCUAUCGCCAUUAAACUAGACACAUUUGUCCCUUCGACUCAAUUUGUCGAGUUUAUUGUUAUCUAAACAGUUUAGAUAGAAAACGAUUUUAAAAAACUUGUAUAGUUUUUUAAAGGGGGUCAAUGACCGCUACCGUCAGAUUGCGCCGUUACGUGUAUGACGUGUUGGUGCCGGCCGCGCCCCAUGUGACCCGUAGUGGAUAGCUGUAAGACUCGAUCCUGAGUGUACGUACCGACUGUACUACUGAAUUUAUUAAGCAUUUAUAUGGGAUAAGGCGUUUGUUAUCAUUUGCUAAUAUUUACAAGCGCGCGAUGCUUUCCAGCUACCAUUGGGCCACAGUAUAAAUCAUACGGUCGGUAGUGAGUAGAGUAACUGCAGUUAAAAUCAAACUCGCUUAACAUACACAUGUUUUACGCUUGCGUAACGUAAUAUAGCAUUGUUAUGGUGCUACGUUAUUUGGAGUUACGCUAAUGUGUGCGUCAUGUAUGUUGUAUAAUAUGGUGGUCUACUGUAUACGUUUAUACUGUGGUGUUUCGAUUUGAACAAUCAAGUGUAAUUUGUAAAGUUGGCCGGAACAAAUAAUACACGUGGAUCAAAUAAGGCAUUUAUAUAUUAUAUUGAGGAGAUGGUCGGUUGGAGAGGAUCGCGCGUGUAGUAUCGGCCGAGUGCCGAUUGAUCGACGGUCGAAAGUCGAUGGUCGACGGUCGCUUAUGGCUGAUUAAUGGUCGACAGAAUGGUUGUCGGUCGAUGACGGUCAACGCUCGACUGUCGACUGACUAUCUACUGUCGACUGACUAUCUACGGUCGACGCUGACGUCUGAAGACAGUCGACCGUUGACGGUCGUCGGUCAUCAGUGGUAGUCGGCAGUCGACCGUCAGCGGCCGCUACCAGGUCGUCCGGGCACGCGUCAUUAUCCGCGACAAUACCAUACGUUGUAAUGAAACUAUAAAGUUAUUAUAUGAAUUCCUGAUAAUAAAAGGAACAGCAUACUGUC